CCACGAUACCUCCGCAUCCUUCAUCGCCAUGUGGAAGCACGAACUGGGCAGCCGAAGGACUUUCAAAACCACGCCCGAAACCCCCCCCCCUGGAAAAUUAACACCAGACCGCCUUAUUUCAGAAAAAAACGCGCCAACGCAGGACCUCGGCACCAUUGCACUCUAGAUCUGGACUAUUCUCCCCCACGGCCACACCAGCCAAGCCCCGGGUCCGGUCAAGUGGCACUUGGACUGGGCUAAGCCUCAACCCGAGUCUGCGGGAAAGACGCCCCGGUCAAAGCCACAAAGCCAGUCAGGCACAUUAGCCUGAUAGGUGAAGAGGAGGGAAACGAAUUUCUCGGAUUUCCCAACCAUGGUCUCUAGACCUGCGUCAGAGCCCUCAUCGGCAAGCUCCUCACCACGUAGCAUCUUAUUUCACGCCGAGGACCGGUCCGUAUUCCUCGUCGACAUCCCAGCCUCUCUGGAGGAAAGCCAGGUCUUGCCGGGUCACAGUGCCGAGACAGGAGGGCCACCGCAAAGACGGCUCGUCUCAGUCGACCCCGUUGCCACACCCUUUUCAAUACCGGAACCCCGGGACCCCCGGACCAACAACCAAACGCCAGCGAGCCAACUUGCAGACCUUAUGAUUGAGGCGGCGGUGAGAAGUGCCCUCGACACGCUAGGCAAGAACUACGCCGCGCCAUUCUGCCUCCCACGGGUGACCACCGGCGGGAGCAGCAACAUUAGCGACAGCAGCAGCGGCUUAGGCCGGAAGAGCCAGCAGGAUCAUGUUACGUCGCACGGGGCGGAUGCGGAUGCGGAUGCGGCUGCAGUUACGGCGCAUUUCAUCCCUGAAGAGUCUGUAUAUCUGAGCGGCUCGAUCCAAGAGACGAGAGACUCAUUCCUCUCGACAGCGCCCAAGUUCCACCUAAUCGUUCUGGAUCCCCCAUGGCCCAACAAAUCCGCGAGAAGAAAGACGGGCGGCUAUUCCACCGUCUACGGUCUCAAGGAUACCCGGACGCUUCUGGAUCAAAUUCCUGUCGUUGGCCAUCUUGCUGAUGGUGGCCUCGUUGCUAUUUGGGUGACUAACAAAGCAACUUUGGUAGACUUGCUUACCUCGCCCAGAGGAGUUCUCGCCAGCUGGGGCCUCGAGGCCGCCGCUGAAUGGACCUGGGUCAAGCUCACCUCCCAAGGAGAGCCUGUAUUCGAUACCGAGUCUGCUUGGAGGAAGCCGUGGGAGAGACUCAUCAUUGCCAGAAAAAGGGGCGACAACCGCAAGGUCCCGCAGAGGGUGAUCGCCGCGGUGCCUGACGUACACUCCCGGAAGCCAAAUCUCCGUCACUUAUUUGAAGACUUGCUGCCUCAAGGAUACCUUGGCCUCGAGGUGUUUGCGCGCAACUUGACGGCGGGUUGGUGGGGAUGGGGCAACGAAGUCCUCCGCUUUCAAGAGCCCCAGCACUGGGUUGCGCAAUUGGAGCUGGAGCGGGCUGAGCUAGCAAGAAGCGAACCUGAUGAUACCAAUACCAUUUGACAUGUCUAUAUCCCAUGCCUUCCUU